AUGAGGGUACUUGGGCCCCGCUACAAGAAACUUCAGCAGGCUGUCGCUGUGGAGUUUCCUGGGGCGGAGGUGUCAGGCUUUGUAGGACGAAAAGGCAGCUUUGAGUUGGAGAUCAACGGGGAGCUGGUCUUCUCCAAGCUGGAAACAGGUGGCUUCCCCAUGGAAAAGGAUGUCAGGGACGCUCUCCAGAACACCUAUGCUGGCAAGCAAGUGGAAAAGUGGACCAGAAAUCGCCCACCUUGUGUCAUCCUGUAGAUUUCAAUUCCUCCAUCCUCCAACAGUUAUCACUCAGACCAAUGCUGCUGUCUGUCACCACUCACACAGCAGAGACUCCUUUCUGUUCCUUCUCUCUCUCUGCUCCCAUUGCAGUGUUCCAGGACUUUAUAUGAUUACUGUAGACCAAAGCUGAAAGGUUUAUAGUAUGAUGACCCCAGUCCUGGCAGCUCCUAUGUUAUGGGAUCAGAGAAAGGGAGGACAUGGAAAGACUGGUUGGGUGGAACUUCCUUAUUCCAGAUCUUCUAUGGCUAUCUGUUUACAGCACCAUCAUCAGCCAGAUAAACUAUCAAUUUGAGUUGCUGAAGCCUGUCUCGCGUUGUGUUACUGUGUAUUGAUCUCCCAUAUUGCAACUGAUGCUUUGCAAUUAGCUUUAAGUAGAGCUGGUCAAGUGAGUAGAUGAAUUGCUAGUUAUGGUAAUAUAGGCCACCACCCACUGGUCUGUAUGCUACACUAAUGAGACAUCAGCCCAUGUUCAUCACACGCCAUUUGAAUUAUCAUUGCUGAAUACUGUUAUUGAUUGCUGAUGACAAUGUUUGAUACCCACUGGGAGGACUUCAAUCUCAAAAUAAAAUAAA